CGUGAAUGCAAACCUAAGACUUAGGAUAUUUGAUAAAUGCCUUAUAAUUAACAUAUGGAACUUCAUAAGAGAGUGUAAACAAUGGAGAGGCUCUAUUAAAAUAAGCAUCAUUGCAACCAUUGUAAUUAAAUUAUUAAAAUUAUUAGAUAUGCAAUUUCAUUAUUAAGGAUAGUAGAUAAUUAAACAUAGCCAGAAUUAUUAAGAUAAAGUGCAGUAGUGAAUUUGAAAACAUUUUUAGAAAAGCAUUGGGCUGAGAAGAAAGAGCCAGGUCAUUUUGUGGUAAGUGAAGAAGAGAAAAGUGUAAUAAGAGCAACAAUAAUUGAUGCUUUAGCAAGGUAGUUUAAUAAAUACAUAAUAGAUGUAUUUAAGUAAAGAAGUUAAGAUCAUAAUAUGAAGAUUUGAUUUACAAAUUAGUAGCAAUAGACUUUCCUAAUGAUUGGCCAUAAUUAGUAUAAUAACUAGUUAUCAAAUUACAAAACUUUACUUCAUAUGAAGACUUAUGGAGUGCAUUACUAACUUUAAGACGUACAUGCGAAGUACAUUAAUUUUUAUUGGAAAAUGAUCGUAAACCAUUAGAACCAUUAGUUGCUUCAACAUUUCCAAUAUUAGAAAGUUUGUUUUAGAAAUUCUUAGAAGGUUAUAAUGAAUAAAGUGGAUAAUUAGUUAAAGUAAUAUUAAAAAUAUUCCAUCAUGCUACACAUUUAAUGAUGCCAAUAUAUAUGUAAGAUUAAAAUACUGUAGCUAAAUGGAUGCUUUAUUUUAAGACAAUUAUAUAAGCUCCUCCACCUCCUGAAUUAUCUACUAUAACUUAAGAUUCUUAAGAAGAAACCAGAAGAGAAAAAACAUACAUUUGGACAAAUAAAAAAUGGGCUAGCAGAAUUGUAUUGAGAUUUAUUCAAAAAUUUGCAAAUAAAAAAAUGGUUGAAGCUAAUAUGGCUGAUUUUGCAGAACAUAUAAAAUCAACUUAUGCUAUUGGAUUUAUGGAAAUCUUUUAUAAAAUUUUAACAGAUAAUUCAUAAUUUUAAGGUCCUAGAACUUGUUUACAUGCUUUAAAAUAUUUAUUUUAUUCUUUAAAAUUAGAUAAUACAAAGGAAUUAUUAAAACCUCAUUAUGAUAAACUUAUAUACCAUAUAGCUAUUCCAAAGAUGUAACUUACUCAUAGAGAUGAUUAAUUAUGGAAGAAUGAUCCUGAAGAAUAUAUUAAAAGAUUAGAUGAUUUUUCACUUUCAACCUAUAAUAUUAAAAAUCCAGCUAAUGAUAUAUUAUAGGAAGUUUGUCUAUAAAAAGAUAUAAAUGGAAAUUUAAUGUUAAUUUCUUUUCUUAAUUAUUGUUAAACAGCAUUUAGUACAAAUAUAGAUCCCUUAACUAAUUAGCCUUUAGAUCUUAUUAAAAAGGAAGCCUUAUUAUGGGGUAUUGAAAGUUUAGUUCAUUAGAUUUCAAAAAUCAGUUCCAUUUAGGGUGGUUUAGAAUAAAUCUUAGAGAAAUAUAUUCUACAAGAAUUUUAAAAUCCAGUUGGAUUUUUAAGAGCACGAGCAUGCCAUUUAUUUAAUGAAUAUGGUUCAAUUGAAUUUAAGAAUAAAUAAAAUAUUUAAUUAGCUGUUUAAGGGAUUUCAAAAUGUAUAUUAGAUAAAGAAUUACCAGUCAGAGUUGCAGCAGCAAUAUCAUUUAGUUAAAUUCUUUAGCAUAAAGAAGCCUAAGAUUUAAUACGACCAUAAUUAAGUUAGGUUUUAGAAAUAUACAUUAAAUUAAUGGAAUUGAUAGAUAAUGAAAAAAUUGUUAAGUCAUUAGAAGAAAUUGUUAAAUAUUUUACAAAUGAAAUAACUCCAUAUGCUCAUUAAUUAUCUGCACAUAUUGCAAAUAUUUUUUAAAAAUAUUGUAAAAAAUAGAAUUAAGGAGAUGGUGAUUCUGAUGAUGAUGGUGAAGCUGAAUUAGCUGCAUCUGGAUGUUUAGAAGCAAUUAAAAGAAUUCUAAAUGCUCCACUUUAAUAAGAUUCUUAUACCUAAUUAGAAUCUGUCAUCUUUCCUAUUAUUAAUUUUGCUCUUACAGAAACAGGAUGUGAUUUUAUUAAUGAAGCUUUAGAGAUAUUAAAUAUAAUGUUAUACAAAAGAAAAUAAUUAACUCCAGGUUUAUGGUUUUAUUAUCCAGUAUUAUGUUACAUAAUAUUGGGAAUACCUUAAGAAACAAAUGUAUAUAGUAUCUAAGGUUUAACAGAAGAAUAAUAUAUUUUGUUAGAAGGAUGUAAAAAAGAUUGGGGAAGUGAAUUUGUUUCUUAAAUGUUAGGAUCCUUUAGAAACUAUAUUUAAAAAGGAGGUGCUACAUUCUUAACACAAAAUGAUUUCUUUGGAAAUUCAUUCAUUUCUUUAGUUUUUAGAUUUCUUUAAAAGAUUUAUGUAAUAGCUGAUAUUGGAACUGAUGAAACAGAUUAAAAUUAAGUGACUACUAUAUUAAUAGCAUUGAUAGAAAAUUAUCCUGGCCAAAUAGAUAAUCUUAUUCCAUAAAUUAUUGACUUUUCUUUAGCUAAUUUAUAAGUAAUUAUUUAUAUUUACUAAUUUUAGAAAGAUAAAAAAACAAAUAGAUUUAAAAUUGUUAAUAUUGGAGUUUUAUGUAUGUGUAUUUGGUACAAUCCAAACCUUGCUGUUAAUUACUUAAAUAGCAAAGGAUUGACAGAUCAAAUCCUAUAAACUAUACUCUCUAUGGAAAAGUUUUAUAAAUAUGAAUAGGAUAUUAAUAGAUUAAUCUUUGCUCUCUGUUAAUUAUAUUCGCUUCCUUAAAUUCCUAAUUAUUUAUUAUUAACAUCUGCAGAAAUUGGAAAAUUGUUUGUGAGGUUAUCUACCAAAAUCUUAGAACUUAGAGAAGAAGAAGAAUCUUGUGAUUAAGAAGAUUAAGCAGAAGAAGAAGAGGAUUUUAAAAAAACUAUAGAAAAAAUAUAAAAUUUAGAAUAGGAUGAUGAUGAAGAUGAUGAAGAUUAUGAUGAAGGUGAUGAUGAAUAUGCUGAACUUUAUGAUAGUCCUUUAGAAGAUUAUGAUUCCAUUUUAUUAAUGGAAAAAUUAGUCUUGACACUUCAAUAAAAUAAUUAAUAAUUGUAUGCUGCCUUGUUCUCCUAAUUGACUCAAUAAGAAUAAGAAUAAAUGACUAAAAAUAUUAAAGAUGCUAAAGAAUAAUAUGAGGUAUGGCUCUAAUAAAAAUAAUAGUAAAAUAAGUGA